AUGCUCCCACGUGUUGCCGCUGUGAAGGCACCCCGCACACACAGUUGUCGCCGCGUGACCGGAUCCAGCGGAAGGAGGAGGGAAGGAGGAGAGAGUGAGCCGCAGAGGCCCAACAUGUCCCGGCGUGUGUUUGCUUCCGCGGUGCUGCUCCUCCUUUUUGUGCUGACGUGCGCCGCUGGGUCUGUGCAGGCCCAAAACUAUGGAACAAGAGUGGACGAUUCCUAUGGAAGACACAGUUUGGAGCAGUCGCCAAGGGAGUAUCCAGUCGCAAACACAGCGGCCGCUGGCCACAUUUUCCGCAAUCCCCAUCUUGUGAAUGUGGACGGGAUGCUCCUGGCCAUUGUUGGAGCUCAGUUCAAUGGAUCUGUGGGGAGCGGGAGUGCGUCCAUGCAGUUGAUGGCACGGAUCAGCGUUGAUGGUGGGAGGACGUGGCGGCCGUACGCGGGGCCAGAAGAUCUUGACGUUUUUGCUGCACGCCUUCACCAGAUGUUGUUUACCACGCCUUACAGACUCUUCGGACCGCUUUUUGCUUUUGUGGAGGGCUACGACUUACGGACUGGGGCCAGAAUUCGGUUUACCGAUGAGCGGGGAGGAAGUGGUGUGGAGCCUGUUAUCCAUUUUCUGGACACAAGGCCUAGACGAAGCGGAGGUUUUUCGAUGAAUUCCGUCUCUAUGAGCAUUCGCCUUCCUUAUCCCCAUAAAUCCGGUGACAUGAUUGGCUUCCUCAACGAUGCCAGUACUCCCAUCACGAAAAUGACGGAUGGCACGCUCGUGUUUCCCGUGCAGUUUCUGACAAUGGGAGGGGACACUGCGUCCACAAUCAUGUACAUGAAUCCCGGUCAACAGCACUGGACCUUUGCGAAAAGCGCGACACAUGCAGGCUGCACCAACCCCAGUAUCCUUGAAUGGGAGGCUGGAAAAAUCAUCAUGAUCACCUCAUGUAAGUACGGUCGCCGAAGGGUGUACGAGUCGACUGACAAGGGGAACACGUGGACGGAGGCUGUGGGGACGCUCUCGCGUGUGUGGAGCAACUCAUUGGCAGGUCUUGGGCUCCACAUUCAGAGUGGACUCAUCACCGCAACUAUUGGCGGAAAGAAGGUGAUCCUCCUCACCCAGCUGGAAUAUCCCAGACACGACAGCAAGGGCGAGAUUCGUCUGUGGCUAACAGACACCAACCGCAUUUACCACGUUGGCCUUUUACCCACUGGGAAUAGCGCAACCUCCAGCUCUCUUUUUUACGCGAAUGAUAAGCUGUAUUGUUUGUACGAGGCCGGUGUUGGAAGCAACUCCGGAGCCUUCUUCCUGGAUCUGGCUUCCGAGCUGCACUGGAUAAGGCAUGCGCUGGAUACUUGGGCCGCGAAGGACAAUGCCUUAAGACUAUGCAGCUCAAUUGCCUCAGGUGCCGCGCUGUCAAGAGGGAACUGUUCUGUUCCUAUCCCCACGGCUGGGCUUGUGGGCCAUUUGGCCGAUAGGCUCCGUAGGGACAAGUGGGAGGACGAGUACCUUGGGGUGAAUGCCGUUGUGAGGGGUGCGGCGAAAAAGGCUCCCAGUGGGUUGACGUUCGAAGGGCAUGACGCAGGGGCCGAGUGGCCCGUGGACAAGCAGUGGCCGACCAGACCGUUCCACUUUGCAAACUAUGGGUUCACUCUUGCGGCAACGGUGUCGAUCCACGAGGUGCCGAAGGGCAUCACUCCCCUGAUGGGCCUGAAGAAAAUGGGGAAGACAACACUCCUGGGACUGUCGUACGAUAAUAAUAUGGAGUGGAGCGUGGAGCAUGAGUUGUUCCCGAAGCAUUUUACCGCAUGGGAGCUGGACAAAACGUAUCACGUGGUGCUCAAAAUGCAUGACGGUGUGGGCUCCGUGUACGUUGACGGGACUCUCCUUUGGAAUAUGAGUCUGAGAAAUUCGUUCAAUGAAGGGCUGGACGCGGUCUCACACUUUUACUUUGGCGCGUACGAUGAGCAGUUGAGCAGCAGAAAAAACCAUGCGACGGUGGCGAACGUCUUUCUGUACAACCGCCCGUUGAAUGAAACUGAGAUUGGCGCCCUUAACGCGAAUAAAGUCACCAUUCCACCUCCGAAAUCAGCAGAGCCCAAACCAGCGGAGCCGAAAUCAGCGGAGCCCAAACCAGCGGAGCCGAAAUCAGCAGAGCCCAAACCAGCGGAGCCCAAACCAGCAGAGCCGAAAUCAGCGGAGCCCAAACCAGCGGAGCAGAAAUCAGCGGAGCCCAAACCGGCGGAGCCGAAAUCAGCGGAGCCCAAACCAACGGAGCCGAAAUCAGCGGAGCCCAAACCAGCGGAGCCGAAAUCAGCGGAGCCCAAACCAGCGGAGCCCAAACCAGCAGAGCCGAAACCAGCGGAGCCGAAAUCAGCGGAGCCCAAACCAGCGGAGCCCAAACCAGCAGAGCCGAAAUCAGCGGAGCCCAAACCAGCGGAGCCGAAAUCAGCAGAGCCCAAACCGGCGGAGCCGAAGUCAGCAGAGCCCAAACCAGCGGAGCCGAAAUCAGCAGAGCCCAAACCAACGGAGCCGAAAUCAGCGGAGCCCAAACCAGCGGAGCCGAAACCAGCGGAGCCGAAAUCAGCAGAGCCCAAACCAACGGAGCCGAAAUCAGCGGGGCCCAAACCAGCGGAGCCGAAACCAGCGGAGCCGAAAUCAGCGGAGCCCAAACCAGCGGAGCCGAAAUCAGCAGAGCCCAAACCAGCGGAGCCGAAAUCAGCAGAGCCGAAAUCAGCGGAGCCCAAACCAGCGGAGCCGAAAUCAGCAGAGCCCAAACCAGCGGAGCCGAAAUCAGCGGAGCCGAAACCAGCGGAGCCGAAAUCAGCAGAGCCCAAACCAGCGGAGCCGAAAUCAGCAGAGCCCAAACCAGCAGAGCCGAAAUCAGCAGAGCCCAAACCAGCGGAGCCGAAACCAGCGGAGCCCAAACCAGCGGAGCCGAAAUCAGCAGAGCCCAAACCAGCAGAGCCGAAAUCAGCAGAGCCCAAACCAGCGGAGCCGAAAUCAGCAGAGCCCAAACCAGCGGAGCCGAAAUCAGCGGAGCCGAAACCAGCGGAGCCGAAAUCAGCAGAGCCCAAACCAGCGGAGCCGAAAUCAGCAGAGCCCAAACCAGCAGAGCCGAAAUCAGCAGAGCCCAAAUCAGCAGAGCCCAAACCAGCGGAGCCCAAACCAGCGGAGCCCAAACCAGCGGAGCAGAAAUCAGCAGAGUCCAAACCAGCGGAGCAGAAAUCAGCAGAGUCCAAACCAGCAGAGCAGAAAUCAGCAGAGUCCAAACCAGCAGAGCCGAAAUCAGCGGAGCCCAAACCAGCGGAGCAGAAAUCAGCAGAGUCCAAACCAGCGGAGCAGAAAUCAGCAGAGUCCAAACCAGCAGAGCCGAAAUCAGCGGAGCCCAAACCAGCGGAGCCCAAACCAGCAGAGCCCAAACCAGCGGAGCCGAAACCAGCGGGGCCCAAACCAGCGGAGCAGAAAUCAGCAGAGCCCAAACCAACGGAGCCGAAAUCAGCGGGGCCCAAACCAGCGGAGCAGAAAUCAGCAGAGUCCAAACCAGCAGAGCCCAAACCAGCGGAGCCGAAACCAGCGGGGCCCAAACCAGCGGAGCCCAAACCAGCAGAGCCCAAACCAGCGGAGCCGAAACCAGCGGGGCCCAAACCAGCGGAGCAGAAAUCAGCAGAGUCCAAACCAGCAGAGCCGAAAUCAGCGGAGCCCAAACCAGCGGAGCAGAAAUCAGCAGAGCCCAAACCAGCGGAGCCGAAAUCAGCGGAGCCCAAACCAGCAGAGCCGAAAUCAGCGGAGCCCAAACCAGCGGAGCAGAAAUCAGCAGAGUUCAAACCAGCGGAGCCCAAACCAGCGGAGCCGAAAUCAGCGGAGCCCAAACCAGCAGAGCCGAAAUCAGCGGAGCCCAAACCAGCGGAGCAGAAAUCAGCAGAGUCCAAACCAGCGGAGCCCAAACCAGCAGAGCCCAAACCAGCGGAGCCCAAACCAGCGGAGCCCAAACCAGCGGAGCCGAAAUCAGCGGAGCCGAAAUCAGCGGAGCCCAAACCAGCAGAGCCGAAAUCAGCGGAGCCCAAACCAGCGGAGCAGAAAUCAGCAGAGCCCAAAACAGCGGAGCCCAAACCAGCAGAGCCGAAAUCAGCGGAGCCCAAACCAGCGGAGCCCAAACCAGCAGAGCCCAAACCAGCGGAGCCGAAAUCAGCGGAGCCCAAACCAGCGGAGCCGAAAUCAGCGGAGCCCAAACCAGCGGAGCCCAACGCCGCGACAUCCUCAGCAAGGGAGGGAACCGCAGGCCAGCCGGCAUCUGCCACAUCUUCCGAUGGACAUGAAGCCGUGACAUCUGUUACAUCUUCAAGCGUCGCCAUUACUGAUGUUGGUGCUUCCUCAUCUGAUGAUGCACAAACGGUGGGGACGGAAGGUGGAGCUGUGAUGCAGGCAGAUCAACCAACCCAAUUCUCUGUGGGCACCCCCGACGCAGCAAAUGCAGCAACACAUAACGCUGAACGCAAGGGACAAGAAGGGCUCCAUCCACAGGUCAAGGAAGCAGAGGCGGCGACACUCAGCAGCAGCCUUUAA